AUGUCACCUACCAAUCUCAGUCCGGACAAGAUCACUGGGUUCAGGAAUAGGGAAGGUAGAACUCCACCUCCUGCGCCUAGUGCUGCUUAUGCCAGACGAGCCCGAGAAAUCAUCGAAGAUGAAGCCGGAGUAUCAGGGCUGCGACCUGCCGUCGCCAUAACAUCGGAGGAAGAACAAGUUGCUGCGGUAGACAAUGGAGUGGCUUCUGGGUAUAGGAGGGCAAGGGCGGGAACCAUGCCUUCCAACCUGCAAGAAGCUGCUCAACGGUACACCGGUCCCUCCGACGAACCCACUCCCACCACAGCGACUUCCACAGCGUCUUCCAGCGCAGCAACCUACACCCGUACUUCUGCUCUAUCCCCUGCGUAUCCUCAGACAACCGCUCGACCAAGUUUGCGGCACGCUGCGUCGUCCGCUGCCAACCUCGAAUCUUCCUCUGCGUCAAAUCGUCUACGCUCAGGUUCACUCACCUUACCUGGCACAGGUUUAGGCGAUGCGUUUGGGCACGGACCGUUUAGUAACGCAUGGCUUGCCAACCCUGGUCUAACUGCUUCCAGCACACCUGCACGUUCACCUCUCGGUCACCCUCUUCAGGCCAACGAAAAAGAGCUCUCCUCCUACACCUCAACGACAGAUUCCGCUGUGUCCUACCCUACCGAUGAUCUCAAUUCUACGCUUGACUACCUCGGUUUAGCAGAUGGAAGCGAUGCGAUGCACCUAGCGCCUGCUUCGAUGGUGGAACUUCGAAACCAGGCUCAACGUGCUAUUCACAACUCUGGUCCGGCAAGCAGGCUACGUGCUAGUACCGUCUCUAAUUUCGCUCGGCCUUUCAGACCAUCCGUGACCAACGGCAACCUUUUCAAAGGAAACAAUGGCUACGAAGGUAGAAACGAUGACGAAGAAGCGCUUGCUAGAGCUAUUGACAAUCUGGGAAUGUAUGAUCAGAAUGGAUAUCCCGUAUCGAACUCUCAGCUUGGUAAUUUAUAUACCUCGUCAGGUCUAUAUACAAGUAAAGAAUCGACUAGGCCUAGGGCGACCACCAUUGGGGCGUUGGAUCACCCAGUCAGGAAACCUAUGACACGGGGAAAUAGUUAUUUAGCCUCAAUCCCUCAAUCUCCCGUUCACGCCGAACACCUAAGCUCCCCUUAUGGAUACCCAAAUCAGAUAAACAGCAAAUCACGAGAUUCAAGUAGAGGUCCAAGAUUAUCAAUUUCAUCACAUACCUCGCGAACUGGAACACCCGAUGUGGACAAAGGUACAUCAACACCUCAAGUUCCAACCAGAAGUUUAUGGAUUGGUAAUUUAGAUGUCAACGCUACUAGUGAUGCCUUGUUACAUGUGUUCGCUCCCUAUGGUGCUAUAGAAAGUGUCAGGAUGCUUCCUGAAAAGACCUGUGCAUUCGUGAACUUCAUGGAAAAGACAGAUGCGAUUCGAGCCAGGGAUGAUGUGUUAAACCGAAUGGGAGGACACGUCUCAGCAUUAUCGGGAACUGCACCAGUCAGAAUCGGUUUCGGUAAGAUCGAUUCUGCGCCCAACGGACCAUCCUUGAACACCGCAGCGACUACUGCAGCUCCGCCACCACCGAACUUGGUAUUCACCGCUGGUGGACCUGCCGCCGCUCCUGUACCCUUGCCUGGACAACCUGCUACUGUCACUACCCCGGCCAUCACUGUGCCACCACCUACCAGUACUACCGUAUCUGCGGAUAGUCUCGAUACGAAGGAUGGUGAUCAAAGUGCGUUGCCCACUAGAGCUCUUUGGAUCGGCAGUAUACCUGGUACCACCAGUCCAAGUACGCUGUUACAAAUCUUUUCUCCAUUCGGUCCAGUUGAGUCGGCUAGAGUGUUGAUGAACAAGUGCUGCGGAUUUGUCAAUUUCGAACGACUGGACUCAGCAGUCUCGGCUCGAAAUGCGUUGAACGGCCGAGAUAUUCUGGGAAGUGACGUUGGAGCUAUACGGAUUGGAUUCGCUCGAGUACCUACCAAGUCGCCUACAUUGGGCGGACCAGAAGAUGACAUCUCAUCACCUGGUAAACUUGGUGAUGCUCUCAAUACAGUUCAGGGCGCAGCAUCCGUAUCAACCGAACAGCAAAUGUCAGCUGAGGGCGGUGGGUUGGAGAAUUACCGAAGUCAGUUGAUCCUAGAUUUGGUCAAACAAGGAGUGCAUGAACAGGUUCUGGAGAAGGGACUAGAUCAUGAUGGUGUUGUAAGUGAUCAGCAGAUGAUCAUGCAGGUGUUCAGUAAGGAAUCGGAGGAGGAUGGAGAUGUGAAAGCUGCUGCUGAUUCCCGCCCACCGGUCACUUAUUACACUGCUAUUCCACUUGUUGGUGAUAGGCCAUCUAGAAGACCCGAUAAUUCUCGACUCAAAGAUAUCAGGAAACUGCUCGACGCUGGUCAAUGUACACAAGAGGAGGUGGACUCCAUCGUACAUGAGCUGAUGGAAGACUGCGCUGAACUCGCAAGCGAUUACAUCGGUAAUACAAUCGUUCAAAAAUUGUUUGAACGAAGUCAACAACCAUUAAGAUUGGCCAUGUUGGAACGUAUAGCCCCACACUUGGCUACCAUUGGUAUACAUAAGAAUGGUACUUGGGCUGCUCAGAAGAUCAUCGAGUGUGCUGUCACUCACGAGGAGCGAACGAUGAUCAUCGACCAUCUCAGGCCUUUCGCUCCGCCUUUGAUGUGUGACAGUCUCGGUAAUUACGUUUGCGCCGGAACUCUCAAGUUCGGUCCGCCAUGGAACGAUUACGUGUUCGAUGCUAUGAUCGAUAGAUUAUGGGACAUCGCUCAGAAUAGAUUCGGUGCUAGGUGCAUGAGAACUUGCUUGGAAAGUAAUAGUACUAGCUUGUAUCAGAAGAAACGUAUCUCAACCGGAAUCAUCCUGAACUCUAUUCCCCUUGCAACCAACCCCAACGGAGCACUGCUUCUCACGUGGCUCGUAGAUUCCUCAAACCUCCCUGGAAGAUAUGGUCUGUUGGCAAAUCGAUUCGUAUCGCACAUCGCUCAUCUGUGUACCCACAAACUGGCUUCUUUGACUGUGCUCCGAGUCAUCACCCAAACCACUGAGCCUGCCGCAGCUAACAAUCUCCUCCAAGCUAUCUUCACCUCCAACAAGGAUGAAACGCUCAGCGAAAUCUUGGGCGAUGCGAAUAACGGAUCUCAAGUAAUUGGAAAAAUACUAGCUAUCAAUACUAUCCCGCAAGAACAGAAAACACAGAUGAUUGAGACCGUCAGAAGGGUAUUACCGAAUAUCAAAGCAUCAAACACACCACCAUAUCGAUUAUUACUUGAAGCUGUUGGCUUACCAGUCCCAGCUGGAUAUAUCAAUAAUAACUCUUCUUCGCCUUUUGGAAGAUCUCACCAUCAUCACCACCAACAUCAGCAGCAACAAGUCCAGAUCCCACAAGGAUGGGGUAUGCAACCCCAACAAUCCUUCGGACAAGCUUUCUACGGCGGUGCAGGAGGUGCUAACGGAUACCAACAACCUCCGUAUGGAAUGAACAACCUAUCACCAUUGUUGAUACCUCAAAAUAUGCCUUUGGGUCAAUCGAUGAGAAAUCCAAGUUCCCCCAACUCCACCCCAAACGCGAACAAAUCACCUAGAACACCUAUGGCUAGAUUCAGUAAUGGUCCAAUGGGGAUGGGUAUGGCAGGGAGGAUGAGCCCUGGUAGUAUGAUGAGUCCAGGUUCUGAUCCCUUCAAUCCUUUCGCAUCUCCCUCGAUUGACCUUCCUGGUGCUCAACAUGCUUCUAUGCGAUUAGGAUCCGCGCUGUCCCAACCACCCGUCACGUUUGGUUCUCAGCCUGAUAUCGGUGGAUUAGGUAUCUUGGGUCAACAAGGUUCAGAUGGUGGUAACGGUGGUUAUUACGGCCAAAAUGUUGGUCGACCGAUGUAUGGACAAGCAGCAGGAUACCAAUAA